AUGAAGUUCGCCGCCGUCCUUCUCGCCCUCCCCCUCGCUGCCAGCGCCUGGAAGGUCACCACCGGAUACUGGGCCGGCUCCGAACCCGAUUACUGCACUUCUGCCAACCUGGCCAAGGGUGAGGAAGUGACCGUCAGCGACCUGCAAAAGAACCAGAAGGUUAUGUUCUUCUCGGACGACGAAUGCGAGAAGUUGGAAUUCUCGAUUGGAGAGGCCGGCUCCUCCGAGCUGAAGUCGGAUAUCAAGAGCUUCCAGGUGAUGGAGUUUGAGCCUGAUACGGAACGAGGAGAUCUGAAGUAG